AUGCAGUCUGUCCCAGAGUCACGCCAACAAACCUUCGAGGAGAUCUACGGUCCACCGGAAAACUUCCUCGAAAUUGAAGUUCGCAAUCCCCAAACACAUGGUACAUCGCGCAACAUGUACACCUCUUACGAGAUUGUCUGCCGCACAAAUAUCCCCGCCUUCAAGCUGAAGUACUCUGUCGUGCGCCGCCGCUAUUCUGACUUCGAAUAUUUCCGCGACAUUCUGGAGAGGGAAAGCACGCGCGUCACUAUCCCACCUCUGCCAGGAAAGGUAUUCACCAACCGCUUCAGCGACGACGUCAUCGAACACCGCCGGGAGGGACUGCAGCGGUUCUUGCAGAUCGUCGCGGGACAUCCACUCCUGCAGACAGGAAGCAAGGUGCUUGCUAGCUUCAUACAGGAUCCAAAUUGGGACCGCAAUGCUUGGUAA